UUACUUAAACACAAUACUUUAUGAAAUUUUUUUGUUUGUUAAGCUACUGUAUUUAGUGUGGUAUACUAUUUUGUAUAGUUAUUAUGAUGUCUAAUUUUUAUUCAAUAAAGUUAUCCAUUGUAGGCGUUAUUUUAAUUGCGUCUAGCAAAGCAGAUUUAAUAAAAAGGCAGGCCAAUGAUGAUGUUUGUAAAGACGCCGAAUCACCGGCAUCCGAGUGUUUUGAAUAUUUUAAGUUAUCAUUACAUUGGCCGAAGGCUUCGUGUUAUAGAGCACGUGUAUUGAGUCAGUCUGACAAAGAAUGCAACACUCCAGAGUCAUGGUCUAUCCAUGGAUUAUGGCCACAAAGAACCACGGAUAAGUCAAUACUUAAAAAGAAAUGUCCGCUAGAUAAACCAUUUAAUAUUGAUGAUCUAAAUGAUAUCAAAGAUAAAUUAAACCCGGUAUGGUUUGGUGUUGACAAAUCUGGAGAUGGUGAUCCGGACGCCAAACUGUGGGAACAUGAGUGGACUAAACAUGGACGUUGUGCAGCUCGUGUUGAAGACGUUAACGAUAUAGGAAAAUACUUUUCUAAAACUUUAGAUUUAAAUGAGCAGUUUGAUUUAGGUCAAAUGCUUAAUGAUGGAGGAAUUACAAUUGGAAAUACCGCAUCCCUAGGAGAUAUAAGUAAUAAAAUAAAUGACGGUGUUGGAAAAAAGUCUGUGAUUACUACCUUUUUCAAUAAAGACAAAACUGAAUCUUAUUUGCAUGAAAUUCAUGUAUGUUAUGACCUUUCUUUUAAUAAGAUUGACUGUCCUGAAGGAGCAGAUGUAAGUGAUCCAGACCAGCAAAUCAAGUAUUUAAAUGAUGUACCAUCAGUUACUGGUUAAAUUCAAAUUUUGAAUGAUAAAAUUUUAAAUUUAUGGCAAAUUAUUAGUAUCUUAAACUACUAUUUUAUAAGCCUUGUACGAUUUAACUACUUAUGAAUUUCUUUUAACUGUAAAAAGGGGUAAGACAGACAAUAUAGGGCGGCAAUGUAGGUCACUUAAAAUUUACGAAAUUUGAAAAUUUGAAAUCAGCUUGACAAAUUUUUAUCAAAAUAAUUAUAUUGGAAUUCUUUUGUAUAAGUUAUAGUCGAGGUUACCUUGAUAAAUAACUUUGAAAAAUAAUUAUUAGUUCAAUUAUUUUUCAAUUAAAAUCUUAUUCAGUAGGACAGGACAUUUAAAAUAAUAGCGUACAGGCCUAUUUAAUAGUUUAUUUUAUUUUAUUAUUUACUUUAUUUUCUUCUACAUCUCAAGUAAUUAAUAUUUUAAUAUAAUUUUUAGAAAUGUAAACCUUUAGAAAAUUCAUUUCUACAUUAUACUACAAAUAAAAGGAUCUGACAAAAAAAAAAUG